GAUAACAUACAUACACAUGUACUGUAUAUGUAUACACGUACAUGUAGUACCUAUAUCAUUGGUAAUAACAUACAUACACAUAUACUGUAUAUGUAUACACGUACAUGUAGUACCUAUAUCAUUGGUAAUAACAUACAUACACAUAUACUGUAUAUGUAUACACGUACAUGUAGUACCUAUAUCAUUGGUAAUAUUACCUUUUACCCUACUUAAGAACAAUUCCACUGUAGAACGGUCGUCUGGAACCAAUUGUGUUCAUUGGUUGGGGACUUAGUGUAUAUACACACAUACUGUAUAUGCCUUUUUUGUUUCAAACUGAUACACAUAACGAUAGCUUUCUGCUUCUCAAGAUCCAUGUGAUACCGAAUAUCUACUGAAUAACCUUUUUAUAUCUGCUUUUUGAAUUUAAGUGUAAGUGUCGUGUGUGCACACGUGGAGGUAAGAAGGACUGGAACAAACGAGGAUGUGACCAAGUGUACCUGUUGAAAUAUCAUGACAUCACUACUAUCAGGAGAACCAGAGUAUAGAGGGGGAGGAGCCACCUGCUGUGGCCCAGCAAGGUGCACUGUAUUCGGGCACACGCCGUGGGGGUCUCUGGCAAACCUUUUGCACUCUUCAAACGAUGCAGCGCUGGCGUUUCAGGGGGCUGAUCAGGUUUUUUGCUCCAUGGGAUUCACAAAAUGUCUUCCUCUUAAAGUGAGCUCAGGGGAAGUUACAAAAGGCUGUUCACGUCACAGGAAGGAGGGGGAAAAGGAGCACUUGAUUUGUUCACCUGCACCGUAUGGGUAACCUCGCGCCAUUGGAGUGUUUUUUUUUUUCCUUUUUAAUGAAUGGUUAUCGGAACUAUUUUUAAUGCUAUCAGAUUUAUUGGUAAAGCUGAUAAUGAUUGGUCCAAUAAUGAUUGUACACCCCUAACAAAUAUGAGUAUUUCUGUACGUGUAUAUAUUUUGGUGCACGUGAUGUAUCUCUUACUAUAAAACGUAUAACCUAGAUAUCAAAUGUAAUUGGUAAACUUUGAAACUACUUCACCACUUAAUGUUUGGCAGCAAACCCGGUUUCCUCCACCGCCACCGAAUCCGACCACUGUUUGGGCUAUCACGGGCGCGUGUCCCGCGUUUUGGCUAACGGGCCGACGCCCGACCUACAAUCACACCGUGAGCCGCAAAAACUCACUGCAUCCUGCCAAGUGACCGCCCCCCAAAUGCCGCAGCGAACUAAAGCUUUUUAAGGCGUGUUUUGCAGAGUGCAAAACUUAUAUCACUCUCAUGACGACAGGAAGACCCACACGGCAGGCACGCUCGUUUAGGCUUUGUGAUGGGAAAGUGGGAGGCAGAUGGUCGCUGUAGGCUGGUUGCGGCAAUGGGGGCGGAGCUGAUUGGCGUUCCGACUAUCAAAUCGGUUGACAAACAUUUCAAUUUGGACUACUGGUUUUACAUUUGACGUUUUCCAUUUGUCCACCAGAUGGCGCUACUCUUUCCCAUUGAAAGCAUGCAGAAAAGCAUCCUACCUUUGACUGUUUUCUGCAUGUUCAUACUGAAAUGAUUGGAUACUGGUGUGUUCAUACUGAAAUGAUUGGAUACUGGUGUGUUUAAGAAUAGUGGUGUUGUGUAAUCUGGCUGAUUGGAUAUUUUUAUUUUAGUCUGCAGUACUUUUAAAAGACUGAGUCUGAAUAUAAACAAUAUUUUUGCAGAGGUUUCGGGAAGCUGUUUUUUUUUUGUUAACAUAAAGGAGGUUUUGAAUUGGGACGGUCCCCCCUUGAAUGUGACUGCAGCCUGUUUUGAUUAACAACAAUGCUAACGUUUAUAGUAAAACAGCAGUUUGAGUCAGACAGUGUGCCAAUGGUGUCAUCACCCCCUCCCCCACCAUGCCAACCCCCCCACCCUCCUUCCUUCUGCUGCAAUGUUGCCUCCGUGUUCUCCUCUUUCAAGUGCUAAGUAGGAUUUGUGGCACAUCAAAGUGGUGGAGGAUCGGUCCGUCUGAGCGCCGUCUGCUUUGAUUCACGUAGCAAAGAGUGUCUGUUGGUGUUCAUCGUUGGGCACCAAGCACGGAGAUGUCUUUUCCACAUGUCUGGAUUUGUCUGAGUGCAGCAGUCGAAGACGUUUUGCUCGUCUUUUAUCCCCAGCGGAGCUCGUGGAAAGGUCAAAGUUUGCCACUCGUUAUACAUCUCGUCAUGGAACAGUACGAUAGAAAAUCAUCUCGGAUAUUUUGGGGGUGUCAUGAGGCACUCAGUUCGUGGUAUCUGUUUGAAAGAAAAGAUAUCGUGCGUCUCUUGUUAGCAUGUUGGAAAGCAGUUUUCCAAGGAAAACAAUGUCACAGUGCAUGAUGGAAUGCAUGUUGCCACUCAAUGAGCCACAGCUCUUCAGUGCCGGCAGCACUCGUGCGGCCUCUAAUGACGUAAUUACGUUGCUUGCCACUUGCGUUGCCAGCUAUUUAGGCAAGAAUGUGUUGCAUCGUCAGUGAAUCGUAGCUCUGCACGGCUCUGCAAGCUGUACUCUGACUACUCUGAAAGUAACUUUGUGUGGUAUUGCCCCCUUGCUUGGUGAAAUGUGAGGGGUGCACUGGCUGCCAGCUGGUGUUAUCAGCUUUCUAUUCUUUGCUCCACGUUUGACUUUGACCCCUGGCGAGCGUCAUGUCCAAUGUGGAACGCUGAAAGAGAGCAGAGCCAUAAUUAGAGCGCAGGCGGGCCAGCAGGGAGACAACGGCGUGGUCUUUUAUUCCCAACAAUGACGUCCAGCCACAAAAGGAGGCUGAUAGGCGAAGAGGAAGAAGAAGAAGCAGCAGCGGCGCUUAUCGGCCAGCGGCGAUAAGUCUGGCCCGGCGCUGGGUUCAACCGUUACAGCGUUCCACGGGGUCAAGCAAACGCUGACAAGGCGGCUUAUCUGGAUGACGCCGCGGCGUGUCCCAGACGGCUGUGGAAAGGUGUCGCAUGAGGACGCUCGAGGGGGUUUGCGCUCCCCGAGGACAACAUAAGAAGUCACGUGACCUCUCUUAUCUCGGCUGCUUUUAUUGCGUUGUGUUUUUUUCACUUUUUACGAGCUCAGACUUUGCACGUCCCUGUGAUCGCGUCCCCGUCCCAAAGGUACCAAAGGUUGUUGACGCCGCAGGGGGCGUCCCAAUGCCAAAUUCAACAUGGGCGUGACAGAAUUCUUGCCGCUGUGCAUCGUUGCCAGUGUGACAGAGUGUCCCGGUCUUUUGGCGUCUUAUCAGAGGCGGGCCAAAGGUGGCGAGAUGAGCGAGGCGGAAGCACCCGUGUCGCAGAGUGGAGGGCUGGAGGAGCUGGUGAUCUAAAGCCCAUCACUUCCACUCCCGGUUAAUACGCUGACCCGCUGGAUUCUUUUGGAGGCCAUCAAGACGAGGGCACGGCAGCAUCUGCUGAUGAUGCGUCCCCCCCUCCCCUCGGCAGUGGUACCUUCCUGUUACAUGAUAUGAAGCAUGGUGAGUGCAGGGAGCAGUUUGGAGACGGCAAACAACGAGUCAGCUGCUCUCAGACGUCGCAGCUCCUGACCCGGAUCACACACACACAUCCCUCGGGAUCCUCCUGGGAUUACGUCUUUUAUCCGUGAGAGGACGCCGUGUCCUCUGCCGCAGGUCGUGUUCAUGCCGCAGCUGCCCGCAGAGGUGCCCGUGCAGGGGAGGUUCACGCUGGAGGAGUUCUGCUGCUGCUGCUGCUGCAGCCGCGGGGGUCGCAUCUUGGUCAACCCCAAUUGCCGCCGCGUGUCCUCGACUGGUCCGCCCAAGCACCCGGGGCACCCGCCGCUCUGGCAAGACCCGGACGCCGUGUGGGAUUGUAGUGUUUGGUCGUCGCUGUGCAACUUUAACGUGCCGCAUUUCUUCGGCGGGGCUCGCCUGCGCCGCUCCAAAAGCUGCAGGACGAGCAACAGAAAAAGCCUAAUCGGAAGCGGACAGUCGACGGGUCUACCCCGACCACACUCACCCCUGUCGUCCUUGACAGGCACCAGUCCACAGGACAGUCCCAGAAACUUCUCUCCAAGUGCCUCUGCUCAUUUCUCCUUUGCACGAAGGAGCGAUGGUCGCCGCUGGUCACUGGCCUCCCUUCCCUCCUCCGGAUAUGGAACCAACACGCCCAGCUCCACAGUCUCUUCGUCCUGUUCAUCACAGGAGAAGCUGCACCAGCUGCCCUUCCAGCCCACGCCGGACGAGCUGCACUUCCUGUCUAAGCACUUCUGCACCGAGAACAUCUCCGCCGACGAGUGUCGGCGGGCGACGGCCAUGCGGCCGCGCUCACGCAGCCUCAGCCCUGGGAGGUCUCCGUCCUGUUACGACCACGAGAUCAUCAUGAUGAAUCACGUCUACAAGGAGCGCUUCCCCAAGGCCACCGCUCAGAUGGAGGAGAAGAUCCAGGAGAUCAUCCGCGGAAACUCUCUGGAGAGCGUCCUCCCGCUGGCGGACGGCGUGCUCGGCUUCGCCCACCAUCAGAUCAUCGAACUGGCACGCGACUGUCUGGAGAAGAGCCGCUUGGACCUCAUCACAUCCAGCUACUUCUGCGAGCUCACCGACAAGCUGGAGAGGCUCGUGCUGGAGUCCACAGAGCGGUCGGAGAGCGAGGAGGUCAACUUCAUCCGAGAUCUGGCCAAGAAGAUCCUCAUCGUGAUAGCUCGACCCGCGCGACUCCUGGAAUGUCUGGAGUUUGACCCUGAGGAAUUCUACCAUCUUCUGGAGGCGGCGGAGGGGCACGCCAAGGAGGGCCAGGGCAUCAAGACGGACAUCCCUCGUUACAUCAUCAGCCAGCUGGGACUGACGCGGGAUCCUUUAGAAGAGAUGGCCCAGCUGACCAGCUCGGACAGCGGCAUUGCAGAAACUCCAGAAACAGAAGACUGUUCUCAGAGCCUGAGCACGGCCCUGAGGAGCAGACGCAAGCCCUGUGAGCUGGACUUCGAGAUGACCAAACUCAUCAGCAAUGGCGCCUACGGCGCCGUCUAUCUGGUUCGCCACAAGGAGACCAAGCAGCGCUUUGCCAUGAAGAAGAUCAACAAGCAGAACCUGAUCCUGAGGAACCAGAUCCAGCAGGCCUUCGUGGAGCGUGACAUCCUCACCUUUGCCGAGAACCCCUUCGUGGUGUCCAUGUACUGCUCCUUCGAGACACGCCGCCACCUGUGCAUGGUCAUGGAGUACGUUGAAGGAGGAGACUGCGCCACCCUCCUGAAGAACAUGGGCCCCCUGCCCGUGGACAUGGCCAGGAUGUACUUUGCGGAGACGGUGCUGGCGUUGGAGUAUCUGCACAACUACGGCAUCGUACACCGAGACCUCAAACCCGACAACUUGCUGGUGACAUCGAUGGGUCACAUCAAGCUGACGGACUUCGGUCUGUCCAAGGUGGGGCUGAUGAACAUGACCACCAACCUCUACGAGGGACACAUCGAGAAGGACGCCAGGGAGUUCUCCGACAAGCAGGUGUGCGGGACGCCAGAGUACAUCGCCCCUGAGGUGAUCCUCAGGCAAGGCUACGGCAAGCCGGUGGACUGGUGGGCCAUGGGCAUCAUCCUCUACGAGUUCCUGGUGGGCUGCGUGCCUUUCUUUGGCGACACGCCGGAGGAGCUGUUUGGGCAGGUCAUCAGCGACCAGAUCAACUGGCCCGAGGGAGAGGAAGCUCCGCCUCCUGACGCCCAGGAGCUCAUCACUGUGCUGCUCAGACAGAACCCUCUGGAAAGGAUGGGCGCAGGUGGCGCCGCCGAGGUGAAGCAGAACCUCUUCUUCCACAACCUGGACUGGAAUGGCCUCCUGCGGCAGAAGGCAGAGUUCAUCCCCCAGCUGGAGUCCGAGGAAGACACCAGCUACUUCGACACUCGUUCUGAGCGCUACCACCACCUGGAGGCGGAGGAGGACGACACCAACGACGAGGACUUCAACGUGGAGCUGCGGCAGUUCUCAUCGUGUUCCCACCGCUUCUCUAAGGUGUACAGCAGUCUGGAUCUGUGUCGUGGACACGUGGAGGAGAAAGGAGACGCUGAGGACAAGAAGAUGGAGAGCCCCCUGACUGUGGACUCUCUCAGCUGGACUCCAGACUUCACAGAAAUGCCGUCCCUGUCCCACUCCGCCGAUGGCGACUCCUUGAACCAGAGUCCUCGUCCCACACUACUCCCAAAGUUGGCUGUCUCGGCCGAGAGCGAGGCGGACGAGUCGUCCGGUCUGGGCGACCCGAGCAAGACGUCCUUCUCCAUUGGGGAGCUGCCAGGAGACGAGCCGAACGCCACCACGCCGGGGAGCACCCGCAGCGGGGCCACGCUCUCAGGAAGCUUCUCUGAACAUCUGGACCAGCUGACGCCCAGAGGGGAGAGUCCAGACAGGGGUGGGGACCAGGGGACGCUGACGGGCCCUCUGAGGCCAGAGGAGAAGCCCAGAGCGCCCCUGAAGGUCCCAAAGUCCAUCUCUACCGGCGCCCUGUCCCUGAUGAUCCCCCCAGAUUUAUUUGGUGCGUCUCCGCUAGCCAGCCCGCUGUCCCCUUACUCGCUGUCAUCAGAUCCCUCCUCUCGAGACUCCUCCCCCACCCGAGACACCUCCUCCCUCUUCGCCAGCGCCGCCCGGCAGCCGGUGGUCAUCCACAGCAGCGGCAAGAAGUUUGGCUUCACGCUGAGGGCCAUCCGCGUCUACGCCUGCGACAGCGACGUCUACACCGUCUACCACAUGGUGUGGAACGUGGAGGACGGUGGACCGGCGCAGACGGCUGGACUCAGAGCAGGAGACCUCAUCACGCACGUCAACGGCGAGCCCGUCCACGGUCUGGUCCACACGGAAGUGGUGGAGCUCCUCGUCAAGAGCGGCAGCAAGGUGUCCAUCUCCACCACGCCCUUUGAGAACACGUCCAUCAAGCGAGGCCCCGCCAGGAAGAACAGCUACAGGAGCAAGAUGGUGCGAUGUGGCAAGAAGGCCAAGAAGGAGAAGACACCAGAGAGGCGCCGUUCUCUUUUCCGGCGCUUCGCCAUGCAGCCGUCUCCGCUGCUUCACACCAGCCGCAGCUUCACCUCGCUCAACCACUCGCUUUCAUCUGGCGAGAGUCUCCCCGGCUCGCCCACCCACAGCCUGUCCCCGCGCUCGCCCACCGCCGCCUUCCGUGCCGCCCCUGACUUCGCCCCCUCAGGUGGGCCGCCUCUUCUGCACGUUCACCCCCUCCCCCCAAUCGGUGCGUGUGUGUGUCCUCCAUUGACGUUUCCUUGCGGACUUCCAGGUGGCAACUCCUCCCAGAGCAGCUCCCCCAGCUCCAGCGCCCCCAACUCUCCCGCGGGCUCGGCCCACAUCCGGCCCAGCACCCUCCACGGCCUGGGCCCCAAGCUGCCGGGUCAGAGGCUCCGUCAGGGGCGCCGCAAGUCCGCCGGGAGCAUUCCUCUGUCUCCUUUGGCCCGCACGCCGUCACCCACCCCCCAGCCCACGUCCCCUCAGCGCUCGCCCUCCCCGCUGCUUGGUGGACACUCUGUGUCCAUUUCCAAGAGCGCCCAAGCCUUCCCCGCCAAGAUACACUCCCCGCCCACAAUCAUCCGCCACAUUGUGCGUCCUAAAAGUGCCGAGCCGCCACGCUCACCCCUCCUCAAACGGGUGCAGUCUGAAGAGAAGCUGUCCCCAUCCUACGCAGGCGACAAAAAGCACCUUUGUGCCCGUAAGCACAGCCUGGAGGUCACUCAGGAGGAGGCACAGGAUCAGGAUGACUGCGAUGAUGGGACGCCCGUCGCGGAGGGGAACGCUUGCGAACUUGCGGCAGCGAUCACGCGUGUGCGUCCCGUGGAGCAGGGCUGCUUGAAGAGGCCGGUGGCCCGUAGGGACGGGCGCCAGGACUCUGCGGAGGAAGCCGACAAGGAGGUGAAGAGGAGACAAGACUCCCUGCCGGAGUCUGAUUUGCCCGUUUGCGACGAGCACUUGUGGACUCCAAACAAAGCUUGCCCCGAGUCCGCCAGCAUUACCCUCAAGGACGUCCUCUAUAAGAAACUCAGCAGCCGCGCUUUGGACGGCGCCAGUGACUCGUCAGCCGGCAGCGGCGACGGCGAGUGGACGCAUCCUCGACAGACGAAAGACUCCAAGCAGGACUUCAAAGCUCCCAACACGGACUUCACCAGGAAGAGGCUCUCCUUUGAAGAGCGAGAGGACUUGGUGUGUCGCCUCUCUCCCGGCAUCCACGACAACCUUCAUUUUGGUCCCUCCAGGUCCAAGAGUCUCCAGCUGGACGCCGCGUCUCAUGAGCACAUGAAGGCCGGACUGGGUGGCGUCCACCCGGGCCCUGAAGGUCUGGCUCCCAAGAUGUUCUCCGGGCGAGGGGAGAGCGCCGUGGAAAAGCUGCAGCUCAUCUCCUCGGGCGAGUGUCCUCUGAGAAAGACGUCCUCUGAGUACAAACUGGAGGGACGCCAUGUGUCCUCCCUCAAGCCUCUGGAGGGCACCCUGGACAUCGGCCUGCUGUCUGGGCCCAGGAUCUCCAAAACUGACCCAUGUUUGUCCAAAAUGGCAGAGUGCAAGAUAGUCUCUCCUCCCGUUUGGCUCCAGAACGCCACUGAGCGACAGAUGAAAGCUCCAGAGAAACCCAGAAGCUCCCUGAGCUGCCCCCCGAGCACCGAGACCUCUCCAAAGACGUUCCCCAAAGACCUCCUGCUCACUGAGAAGACGAGACACGACUGCUCGAGCUUGGCCGCGAAACAGGAGAGCAGAACCUGCAUGAAGGUCACGUCAUCCCGACACAGCUCCCACUUCUCCUGUGGGAAGACGCCCUCCAUCCGGGAGGUUAGCAACGAAGACCAGGAGGAUGAAGACCAGGAGGUGCCGUCUGCUGACAGUCUGCAGUUGGCAAGAUGUGGUCAAGCUGGUUCUGAAACAGAGAAAGAGCUGCAAACAUCAAACAUGAGCUCCUUAGAUGUUUCUGGCACUCCAUCAACAUCUGGUUCUGGACCAGAGUUACAAACCUGCAGCUCAACCUCAGCAGCUCAUAACUCUCCAGCUCGUCACGACAGCGAUGACUCAGCCUUGAAGGACGGGAUUAGCACAUGUGGUCCGGAUCCAGAAGCGGUUCCAAGGAGAGAACUCUGCAGCGCGUCUGCGGGCGGCGUGCUGGUGUCGAAGGAAGACCGCCUCCUGUCGGACCAUCAGGGGACAGAAGGUGGUUCAGAGAUGGUUCCAGAAGAAAAGGUCCAGCAGGUUGCAGAACACUGCACCCCCGCAAAGCAAGAUGGCGUCACAGUGAGCAUCGAAACAACGUCAGGAUGCACAGUGGGGCCCCAACCGCCGCCCACGGGGGACCUGCGGGCCAACCACGCCCCAGUCGCUAAUAACAUUCCCAAUCUCAAACUCUUACUUCCAGAAUCGCUUCUCGCUUCUGGAGCUGCCAUGUUGCCCUCUGGGGGCGUUCACAUGGAAAACUCUGUGCAGGCUCCGCCCCCCAGCGCCAGGCAACCGGAACCCAAAUCAGUAGCGGCCGGCCCUCCUGUGGUCAAGGACGGCACAGAAUCAAAGUCCAAACCCCGGGUGGUGGCGCCUCACAAGCCAUCUGGGGCACCGCCCAAACAUAAAGACCCCUCCCCUAAGAAACAGCCCCCGCUCAUUAAGGAGUACCACGACUCCAAACCAAAACGCACAACGUCACCACACAACCAGUCUGGACCGGAGGCGGCGAGCGGCGCGGCAGCCCGCCUCUCUGAGUCCACAGACGCCACCACGAGGGGGCCGCCCCCCGACAAGGCGUCGAAGCAGGCAGAGAAGAAGAAACACGAGGGCGCGUCCGCACCAAGGAGCGCAAAACGGGACACGUCCAGGUGUGGUGCCACGGACAAAGAAUCCGGCAAAGGGAAGACGGCGCGUGCGACUUCCUGUCCCAAAAAGUAACAUUUCACGCAGACUUUUAGCGAGCUUCUUCAUGCCUUUUUUCCUUUGGAUGGACGACCGGACAAGCUGUUACGCGUCAUCGGCAACGCUCUCCCGCGCUUCACCGAUGUGGAGGGGGGCCGCCCACAAGGUGCCAUAAAGCUUUGUUUCCAAUUGCAAUCGUUGUUUUAAUGCAGUAGAGCUGCCGUGUUGCGUACGUAGCCACGGUUUUAAACGCCACGCGCCACUUCCUGUGCAUGCAGUGACAUCGUCACGGCUGGAGCGGCCUCAGAUGACCAGCCUGGGGUUUGACCACAUUCCUGGGACGGGUGGUGGAAAUAAAUUGCGGGCUCACGAGGUGUACCUUCAUUUGUCUUCUACGUCAACAAGUCACAUGGUCACCUGGAGGCGGGAAAAUGUAGCAUUUCACUGGAAAACUGAGGCUGAGAAUGUGCUCAUUGACACCCGUGGCGUGCAGUACGCAUGCGCUUUUCAGGAAUGAAUGACGGCCCCCCUCAAGAGGGCCCCCGUUGGUUAAGAAGACCUCACGUGGCUUCAAAGUGCCAAGGAGUAUGAGAGACGCUGACAAGGACAAACUGUCCAAAUAGCAGAAUAACGCGGUAGAGUUAGCAACAUUAAGGUGGAAAGUCCUGAGAGGGAAGUUGCAAUGCUAGGAUUCAAAAAAAGUCUCAAAUUAUGAGAAAAAGGUGUCAAAUUGGGUGAAAAAUACAUUAGAGCAUCCAUCGCACCAUUACUGUACCAUUACCGUAAUACCUGCCUUCCAUCGCACCAUUACCGUAAUACCUGCCUUCCAUCGCACCAUUACCGUAAUACCUGCCUUCCAUCGCACCAUUACCGUAAUACCUGCCUUCCAACUUUUUUUUGUCAAAGCACAACUUGAUUCUGGGAUUAAAAAAAAAAAGUCUUCUCACGAGAGGACGUCUUUUUUUUUUUUUUUAUUUAUGAAAAACGUGACUUCCCAUAAGAUGACAUCUUGUUUAGUUAACAAAUGGUUAACCUUUUUUCUUACGAUUUUGAAAUGUUUUCCAUAAAAAUAUUUUAUUAGGAUUCUGACUUUGUUCUCUGUCGAACAUUCUCGUUGCAUGAUGACUUUUUUUCAGGACAAAGAUGUCUUCUUAAGAUGACGCCUUUUUUGUGGAUAAAACAACUUUUCUCUCCUGGUUUUGACUUCUUUUGUCAUAAAACAACUUUUGUCGGAUUCGACUUGAUUCUGUCAAAAAGCAUCGUGGUAAGGUUGGCACUUUGAAAGAAAUUUCUGGUAAAAUUGCAACUUUAUUCAUGAAAAGUAACAUUUUUGUAGAGGAUUACUUUUUGGUAAAAUGAGCACUUUCGGUGGGGGAAAUGUUUCACAUCAAAUGGAAGAAAAAUGCGUCACAUGACAUGACGAGGAUGUUGUCAUGGUUACGAAUACUCUUUGCUUUGAAGUUUAAAUGUCCCUUUUUUUUCUUGUUGAACGGAAGCGUCAAGCAGGAAAGGACGUCCUUGAGACUGAUUGUUGAUUUAAAGCGUGGCGGUGAGAAGAAGAAGAAGAAGAAGAAGAAGAAAAGCACCUUAGAAAUAAAGGAGGAAGGCGUGGUGGAGAGUGACUGAGUUAUUGUUGACAGAAUGAAAGGUACCAACCAACCAACCAACCAACCAACCAACCAACCAACCGUGUGAAAGCACAUAGCUUGUUUGUUUAGCAGGCUUGUACAUUUUGUAUAGCGUCUAUUUUGCCAAAUCUGUGUGUGUAUGUUGUGCGUCACCUCUGAUGUUUGUCGUCAUCGUGCGAGCGGGCCGUGACGUCCAGGACCUUUCCAGAGUUGUUGGGUCUGGUGUGGUGUGGUGUGGUGGUCUUGUUUCCACUGUGCAAACACUAACUAGCGUUAGACGGGAUGUUUAUUCUUUUGUCUUUUUAGAAAAUGUGCAAUAAAGAUGUGUGUUUUGUUUUGUAUUUUGCCCAAGAAAAGCUCUAUGGAUGUCAUAGAUGUUGUAUAUUCAAGAAAAAACAGAUAUUUAUAUACUUCUAAUGUUGCGUCAUACUGAGAAUAAAGACAAAUGAUGA